UGAAAUGGCCAUUGAUAUUUUUCUCAUUGCAAAGCAAACUCAAACUCUCAAAGUACUCUCUAGCUUUUAUUCAAUUUGGGGACUCAAUAAUUCCUUAUUCGAUCAUCUUCUGCAUACACUUCUCUAAAUCACAUUUUGUUAAGGUAGUCAUGGAAUCAAAUGAAGCAAAACACCUUCCAAUGGAGAAAACAACGAUCGGAGAAAGAGAUAUGAUUAGCUCAUUACACGAAAGCAUUCUCGGUCACAUCCUAUCUUUCAUUCCAAUUAUAAACGCAGUUCACACUAGCGUCUUAUCAAGAAGGUGGAUCGAAGUUUGGACAUCCAUAACCAAUCUACAAUUUGAUGAUAGUUGGCUUUAUUCUGAGAAGGAAAAGAUGCAAAAAGAACAGUUUGUUAAUUUUGUCGAAAAAGUGCUUCUUCACUUUACUAAUUCAAACAUCAAAAGUUUCUCACUUUGCUUAAAUAGUCAUAAAUAUGAUGCAUCUCAGAUAAGUGAAUGGAUUUGCUUUAUCUUAAAUAGGGAAGUUCAAAAGCUUCAUAUUCAAUAUGCUGAUAAAGUUUUACUUUCUUCAAAAUCACUUUUUAGCUGCAACUCUCUAGUCGAAUUGACACUUCAAAUGACAUGUACUCUUAAUCUUCCCAUAUCGGUUUGUCUCCGAAAUCUUCAAAAACUUAGCAUUUCCGGCAUUAAAUUUGCGAGUGAUUCUUCCACUUAUUCAAAUGAUAUAACUCUUAGUUUUCCAAUUCUCAAAGAUUUUGAAGCUAGAGGGUGUGAAUGGUCAACAGUGCAGAAUAUUAGUUUACAAGUACCUUUACUUGAGAGAUUUUCCAUUGCUAUAUGGAACCGACAUUCAAAUGAAUCGUGCAAAUCUGCCAUCAAGGUUUAUAGUCGACGCCUAACUGAUUUCUCUUAUGAGGGUGAUCUUGAACAAGAUAUAGUUCUAUGUGAUUCUUGGUUGAUUCGUAAUGCUUCUAUUGUGAUUGUUAUUGAUGAAGAUAAAAAGGACAGAAUUGAAAAACUUGCGUUUCAAGCACAUAAUCUUCUGAGACAAAUCGAUGAAGUGGAACGACUGAAAUUACUGUUUUACAAGGUUUUAAGGCAUGGUAAAGAUAUUUUCACCAAUCUACCUGUCUUUGGAAGGUUAACUUAUCUGCAACUAAAUGAGGUCAAUGGUGAAGCUUUGUUGCAAUUACUCCACAAUUGCCCAAUUCUCAAUACUCUUGUUUUACUUAAUGGAGUAGCUGAUUUACAGAAAGAUAUCUUUACUUCUGCAAUGGUGCCUCACUGCUUUUUGUCAAGCUUCAAAAUAUUUCAGUUUAAGGGUUUUAAUGCGAACGAGCAAGAUCUUUGUUUGGUAAAAUUCGUGUUGGAAAAUGCAGAAAUCUUGGAGAAGAUGACGAUAUCGCCAGCAUUUUGGUUGGGAUAUGCGUAUAUCGACAUGGAAAAAGUUAAGGAACAGAUACUCUCAUUACCAAAGAGUUCUUCUAGCUUUUGCAUGACAGAAUUUUCUGAUAUAAGUAUUAAGUAGUUUCUGAAGAUUUUCAGAAACCAAGUCUUUGUAUUGUAGUAUAUAAUUUUAGUGUAAUCUUAUUUCUGUUGGUUUUCUAGUAAUGAUUUAUUUAUCAUUAUAAUGCAAUUUAGAAUGUAACUAUAUCCUGUAUUAUAUAAUGCAAUGACAAGUUUAAUAAUAAUUGAAUUGUAUCUUUACAGAGAAAAGAAAAAGAAUAAA